GGGCGUGGGCGUGGGCGUGGACGGACAGCUCCCACCGGUCGUCUGUGUCCCCUGGGGUCGCGCCGGCCGCGUUCAAGGGCAUGGGCGACAGGUAUGCUGCGCUGCAGAGGGCUGGGCUGCAUCUGGAUUUCAUCCACGCCAACUCCACCACUCACAGCUUCCUUUUUGGAGCACUGGCUGAGUUGCUGGACAAUGCAAGAGAUGCAGGGGCUAGAAGACUUGAUGUGUUUUCAGUGGAUAAUGAAAAACUGCAGGGUGGAUUCAUGUUGUGUUUCCUGGAUGAUGGAUGUGGCAUGAACCCUGAGGAAGCUUCAGACAUCAUUUAUUUUGGAACAUCCAAAAAACGGCUAUCAACCUUGAAGUUCAUUGGGCAAUAUGGCAACGGUCUUAAAAGUGGGUCCAUGAGAGUUGGAAAAGACUUUAUUCUUUUUACGAAGAAGGAGGAAACGAUGACCUGUGUGUUUUUUUCUCAAACGUUCUGUGAAAAAGAAGGUCUUAGUGAGGUUGUCGUUCCAAUGCCUUCGUGGUUGACAAGAACCAGAGAAUCUGUCAUAAGCGAUCCUCAAAAAUUCUCAACGGAAUUGUCUAUAAUUUAUAAAUACUCCCCAUUUAAAACUGAAGCUGAAUUGAUGCAGCAAUUCGAUGGGAUCUAUGGAAAAUGUGGCACUUUACUGGUUAUUUAUAACUUGAAGCUUCUGCUUAGUGGAGAACCAGAAUUGGAUGUUAAAACUGACAAAGAAGAUAUACUCAUGGCUGGGGCUGUUGAGGAUUUUCCAGAAAGAUGGUCAUUCAGAGCUUACACAUCUGUUCUGUAUUUUGAUCCAUGGAUGAGAAUAUUCAUUCAAGCCAAAAGAGUUAAAACUAAACACCUAUGUUAUUGCCUCUACAGACCCAGGAAGUAUCUGUAUGUCACAUCUUCUUUUAAAGGAGUAUUUAAAAAUGAAGUUAAAAAGGCAGAAGAAGCAGUAAAGAUUGCUGAAUUUGUAUUGAAAGAAGCACAAAUCAAAGUAAGCCAGCCUGACAGCACCUCUUUGUCUCCUGCCAAGGAUGUAUUACAGAAAGCUUUGGAAGAUGUCGAAGCAAAGCACAUGAAUCUAAAAGAGAAACGGAGAGAAUUAAAAAAAGCAAGAACACUCUCCCUCUUCUUUGGAGUGAACAUAGAAAACCGAAGCCAAGCGGGAAUGUUCAUUUACAGUAAUAACCGUUUGAUCAAAAUGCAUGAGAAAGUGGGCCCACAGUUGAAACUGAAGUCCUUACUUGGUGCAGGUGUGGUUGGAAUUGUUAAUAUACCCUUGGAGAUCAUGGAACCAUCCCAUAAUAAACAGGAAUUUCUUAAUGUCCGAGAGUAUAAUCAUCUGCUCAAAGUCAUGGGACAGUACUUGGUCCAGUACUGUAAGGACACUGGAAUCA